UUCUCUCCUCCUCUAUAUAUAUAUAUUGCCUUCUCUUCCAUUCUCUGUACUCACACUACUUGUAUACAUAUCGCCCAACUACCAGGAUUAAAAGGGAGAGUGUGAAUGGCAAGUAGUAAUAAGAAUUUAGAGAAAUUAGCAUCAAUAGAUGCACAAUUAAGGCUUUUAGUACCUGGUAAAGUCUCAGAUGAUGAUAAGCUAAUUGAAUAUGAUGCUUUACUUUUGGAUAAAUUUCUUGAUAUUCUUCAAGAUUUACAUGGAGAGGAUCUUAAAGAAACUGUUCAAGAGUGCUACGAGCUUUCUGCUGGGUAUGAAAAUAAUCAUGAUCCUAAAAAGUUGGAGGAGCUUGGAAGUGUGUUGACAAGUUUGGAUCCAGGGGAUUCGAUUGUCAUUGCCAAAGCUUUUUCUCACAUGCUUAACUUGGCCAAUUUGGCUGAAGAGGUUCAGAUUGCUUAUCGUAGAAGGAUUAAACUGAAAAAGGGUGAUUUUGCUGAUGAGGCUAAUGCAACAACGGAAUCUGAUAUUGAAGAGACUUUCAAGAAACUUGUACAUAAGCUUAAAAAGUCCCCUGAAGAAGUGUUUGAUGCACUCAAGAAUCAGACUGUUGAUCUUGUUUUCACUGCUCAUCCAACUCAAUCUGUCCGAAGAUCUUUGCUUCAGAAGCAUGGAAGGAUUCGGGACUGCCUUGCACAGUUAUAUGCCAAAGACAUUACUCCAGAUGAUAAGCAAGAAUUGGACGAGGCUCUACAUCGAGAAAUUCAAGCAGCUUUCCGAACCGAUGAGAUCAGAAGAACCCCUCCAACUCCUCAAGAUGAAAUGAGAGCUGGGAUGAGUUACUUUCAUGAAACAAUCUGGAAGGGUGUUCCUAAAUUCUUACGUCGGGUUGACACUGCUCUUAAGAACAUUGGGAUCAAUGAACGUGUUCCAUAUAAUGCCCCUCUUAUACAAUUUUCUUCAUGGAUGGGGGGUGAUCGCGAUGGUAAUCCGAGGGUAACUCCUGAAGUUACAAGGGAUGUUUGCUUACUUGCCAGAAUGAUGGCUGCAAACAUGUACUUCUCCCAGAUCGAGGAUCUCAUGUUUGAGAUGUCCAUGUGGCGUUGUAGUGAUGAACUCCGUGUCCGGGCUGAAGAACUCCAUAGAUCAUCAUCAAAAAGAGAUGUCAAACACUACAUCGAGUUCUGGAAACAGGUUCCUCCUACUGAACCGUACCGUGUUAUUCUUGGAGAUGUGAGGGACAAAUUGUAUAAUACACGUGAAAGAUCGCGCCAUCUGUUAGCCCAUGAUGUGUCUGACAUUCCAGAAGAGUUGGUCUAUACCAAUGUGGAACAGUUCUUGGAACCUCUUGAGUUAUGCUACAGAUCACUAUGUGCUUGUGGUGAUCGUGUGAUUGCCGAUGGCAGUCUUUUAGAUUUCUUAAGACAAGUGUCCACUUUUGGACUUUCACUUGUGAGACUUGAUAUCCGUCAAGAAUCUGACCGCCACACCGACGUCCUUGAUGCCAUAACUCAACAUUUGGAAAUUGGGUCUUACCGUGAAUGGUCGGAAGAGAAACGCCAAGAAUGGCUUUUAUCUGAGCUAAGUGGAAAACGUCCUUUAUUCGGGAUUGAUCUUCCGAAAACCGAAGAAAUUGCAGAUGUUUUGGACACGUUCCAUGUGUUAGCGGAACUUCCGUCUGAUUGCUUCGGUGCUUACAUUAUCUCCAUGGCUACAUCACCUUCUGACGUGCUUGCAGUUGAGUUGCUUCAACGUGAAUGCCAUGUAAAACAACCGUUACGGGUGGUCCCACUUUUUGAAAAACUUGCAGAUCUCGAUGCAGCUCCUGCUGCAGUGGCCCGUCUUUUUUCGAUUGAGUGGUACAAAAAUCGUAUCAAUGGUAAACAAGAAGUUAUGAUCGGGUACUCGGAUUCCGGAAAAGAUGCGGGAAGGCUUUCUGCUGCAUGGCAGCUUUAUAAGGCGCAAGAACAGCUUAUAGACGUUGCUAAGAAGUUUGGAGUUAAACUCACCAUGUUUCAUGGACGUGGUGGGACCGUUGGGAGAGGAGGUGGGCCCACCCAUCUGGCCAUACUGUCUCAACCACCCGAGACCAUUCAUGGUUCUCUUAGAGUCACGGUUCAGGGUGAGGUUAUAGAGCAAUCAUUUGGUGAAGAACAUUUGUGUUUUAGAACGCUUCAAAGGUUUUGUGCAGCUACCCUUGAGCAUGGGAUGAACCCGCCGAUCUCACCAAGACCUGAGUGGCGUGCUCUUAUGGAUGAGAUAGCAGUUUACGCAACUGAGCAGUACCGUGAAAUUGUCUUUAAGGAACCACGCUUUGUCGAGUACUUCCGCCUUGCCACACCAGAACUGGAGUAUGGGCGAAUGAACAUAGGAAGCCGUCCAUCAAAACGGAAGCCGAGUGGAGGCAUAGAAUCGCUUCGAGCCAUUCCGUGGAUCUUCGCAUGGACUCAAACUAGGUUUCAUCUUCCAGUUUGGCUUGGAUUUGGUGCAGCUUUUAAGCACGCCAUUGAAAAAGACAUCAGGAAUCUUCACAUGCUACAAGAAAUGUACAAGACCUGGCCUUUCUUUAGAGUCACCAUCGAUCUAGUUGAGAUGGUGUUUGCUAAGGGUGAUCCUGGUAUCGCUGCUUUGAAUGACAAGCUCCUGGUCUCUGAAGAUCUAUGGUCGUUUGGUGAAUCUUUAAGAGCAAACUAUGAGGAGACCCAGAAUCUGCUCCUUCAGAUUGCCGGGCACAAGAAGCUUCUUGAGGGUGAUCCAUACUUGAGACAAAGACUUCGUCUACGUGAUUCAUAUAUCACAACCCUGAAUGUAUGCCAAGCUUACACACUGAAGCGGAUCCGUGACCCAAACUUUCACGUGACUUUAAGGCCUCAUAUCACCAAAGAGUAUGCUGAUGAGCUUAUCAAGCUAAACCCGAAGAGUGAGUAUGCCCCUGGUCUGGAGGAUACACUCAUCUUGACCAUGAAGGGUAUUGCUGCAGGAAUGCAAAACACGGGUUAAUAACCAAAAACUUACUUAUGUUUUACCCUUUUGGAUGUUUUUCUUUGUUAUCUACUUGUAAUCUUGAGUUAUUUUGGAUGUUUGCUGAGGGAGAUUUGGGUUGAACCCCUGGUUGUCGAGGACGGUGGUUGCGAAUGUAUGUAGUGUUGAUGUGCAUGGUUGAUAGUGCCCUGUCCACGAAACGGAUGGUUAUUGUAUUGUAUGUUUUUAAUAAGUGGUUCAAUCGAAAUGGUCCUUUCUACUA